AUGCGGUUGAGUCAGUACCCGCCCAUGACGGUAGUGGCGCUUUUCCUUUCACCCGACGUAUUCUACCCUUUCCCUGAACCUAGUGUUUCAUUCUGGCGGAUCGAGUUCCGCAAGGAGAGUCCACGCAAAAUAUCAAAAACCAGCGUGUGUGAUCACUCUGAAGACGCUACGCGUUCAGAAAGAAUAAUGAAGGAUAUGGGGGAUAUUGUGAAGUUCUUGACGCUUUUUAAGACUUUGUGGCAUUUGUCCCUCGUCAUUGGCGAACUUUGCGCCCGUAACAUCGAACAACCAGCGACGCUUUUCGCCCUUCGUGCAGCCUUUCUCGGAGCCGGUAUUCCACUUGGGAGUGUGACGAUCUAUACUUAUCCUCGCCGCAAAGCGAUAGAUCCCGAGAUAGUCAGGAAGACCUGGGAUGGAGUGCCCCACGAUGAGCAGGGGCUGCCAGAUAACUGGAUCUCUGAGUCCGGGGUUUUAGUGGGUAUGAGAGGGCGCAACUGA